AUGCCUGAGAUCCUCUGGGACAACUCAAGAGUUUUGACAGAAGGGAAUGAUGGCUCCUUAUUCAAACAACCCAACAAUAACUAUGAUUUCUCGAAGUAUUACCGUUUGGACUGGAUUGUGUCCUAUGUUGUCUUUACAGUCAUUGAACUCUGUGGCUUGGUGGGAAAUGGAAUUGUCAUCUGGCUUCUGGGUUUCUGCCUGAAGAGAAACCACUAUGGCAUCUACAUCCUCAACUUAGCAAUUGCAGACUUCAUCUAUCUCUCAUCAGCUAUUGCUAAUUAUACAUUUCUGCAGAGAUACAUUCCUGACCAUUUGUUUUUGUUUAUAGAGUCACUUGAAGUGUCUUCAUACUUGGUGGGUCUGAGCCUGCUCAUGGCCAUUAGUGUUGAUCGCUGUGUCUCAGUCAUCUGGCCCAUCUGGUACAAAUCCCACCGCCCAGUACAUCUCUCCACCAUUGUGUGCACCAUUGUUUGGGUUUUCUUUAUUAUUAUUUACUAUUUAAUAACAGUUUUAGUUGAACUUCACUAUGGUAUAUGGUUUAUAUCUGGAAUCGUGUCCCUUCCAACUAUCCUGGUGCUUCUUGUAUCCAGUCUGACUCUGUUCAUCCGGGUCCAGUGUUACUCCAAACAGAGAAAGCCCGGGAGGCUCUACUGGACCAUCCUGCUCAACGUGCUGGCCUUCCUACUGCUCAGUGUGCCGAGAGGAGUUUAUUUAGCCUAUUAUUUCUCAACGUUCUCAAGUAUCCCUUACAUAUGGGAAGUGGUAGUAAUGAUCCUCCUCUCUGCUGUGCACAGCACAGUCAACCCCAUCAUUUAUUUCUUUGUUGGACAAUAUGGGAGGCAGCGAGGCAGAAAAUAUCUCCGAGAAGUGCUCCAGAGGGCGCUGACAGAUAAUACAGAAGCUGAGGAGAGAAGAGCACCAUCCUCACACAGAAUAUGUUGUCCCUGA